AGGCAAAACCGAUUACAAACGAAGCACUAAAUACAGAUUUAAGCCGAUCCAACACAGUCUGGUCUGAAAAUACUUCCCUGCUGAUUUUGCUCAGUAUUUAUGUGUAAUUUAUGGCUAAAAUUGAACCCCAUCAUCUAUUUAUCAUCCCCUAUCUUUCCAUUAUCUGUGCUUUAUGCUCCACUCUCUCAGCCUCCCCCCCUCCUCCUCUCGCUGGCAUUAAGUUCAAACUUGACACUGAUGUUGACUCACUUUGUCACCCCUCGGUGGCUCCCUCUCCCUUCCUCUCUUCCUCUUCCUCUCUCUCCCCAUCGCUCGGAGGACACGAGUGCCCGCAGACGCAUUUCUCUCCAGAGCCCACCCUCCCUCCAUCCCUCUCCUCCCUCUUUCACUCUAUCUCACCCUGUCCAACUCUCUUCAUCUUUCUCCCUGCGCUCUCCUUCCCAACACACACACACACGCAGUUGUCAGCAAAGCCGGACGUUGGGGGAAUAAAGGUCCACCGAGGAGGAGAGGAACUCUCAGGACCCCCGUCUCGUUCUACCUGCUCAACUUGCGGAUCCAAGGAGGCGGAGAGGAGCAAACAGGGGCGAUCACACGCAAAGGACCGGGGCUCCUUCAUUUCUCUCCAUGGUGGUCUGGACGCUCGUAGCAUGUAUGAGAAGUUAACCAUGCUGAACCUGCAGAGUGGCUCCAACUGGAGCGGGCCCAACAACUGGUACCAUGACCCCACCGGCGUUCAGACGCAACACAGCACAGUGUCCGAGGGCUGCAUGCUGGACACAGAGGGCAGCAUGGGGGGAGAGGCGGGGGGAGGAGGAUCUGGAAGAGGGGGAGGAGGAGGAGGAGUCCCUGUGGAGCGGGACGAAGGCGAGGAGUCUCAGCUGAGGCUGCAGCUCAAGAGGAAGCUACAGAGGAACAGGACCAGCUUCACACAGGAGCAGAUCGAGGCUCUGGAGAAAGAGUUUGAAAGGACACAUUACCCAGAUGUGUUCGCCAGGGAGCGGCUGGCGAACAAGAUCGACUUACCUGAGGCCAGGAUACAGGUGUGGUUUUCCAACCGGAGAGCCAAGUGGCGGAGGGAGGAGAAGCUGCGCAACCAGAGGAGGUCGGGCGGCGUCACCUCCUGCUCGCAGAGCCAGGCCCCACUGAGCACCUCCUUCAACACGUCCGUCUACCACCAUCAGCAGCACGGCAGCAGCUCAGGGUCCAUGUUGAGCCAGACGGAGUCGUCCCUGCCCAGCUACAGCUCGCUGUCUGUUUUCUCACCUGGAGUCCAGUCUAUUCCUCCCCAGUCAGCCUCCUCGUACUCCUGCAUGUUACCUCCAUCACCCUCUGCGCCCCGCAGCUUUGACUCGUCGGCGUACUCCUCCCCUCACCUGCAGACUCCGCCCUCAGCCAGCUCCAACACAGGGCUCAUAUCACCCGGGGUUUCGGUGCCGGUCCAGGUCCCAGGAACUGAGCCGCAGAGUAUGAGUCAGAACCUGGGGCAGUACUGGGCCAGAUUACAGUGAGCUCCAGACGAUCGCUGAUGGACAGAAGGAGGAGGAGGAUGAGGAAGAGGAGGAGGAAGAAGGGCAUGUAAAAGUCCUGUCAA